GCCCCGACUCCCUCUCUCCCAACCCCUCGCCUGCCCGGCGUCGAGCGGACACACCGCUCGGCAACGGCACCACCGGUGCACUGGCACACAGCGGCGCGCGCCACCUCCGCCGCUUACAGGCAGUGGAGCGGCCUCGCCCGUCAUGUCUGCACCGCCUCAUCUCCUCCGCGAGACUUGGCCUCUCCGCUGUGACGAGCAUUACCUCCCGCAGAGAGGGGGGGUGGCCAGAUGAGCUGGCGCGCGUGUGCCGUUGAUAAUGACUUGCGCGCGCCGGCGCCGUCGUGUUACCGGCGCCGAGACCCUUGGACGCGUGUUUGCCUUCUGCCGCUCUCUAGCCUCCUCGCCGGUUUGCCUCCCUGCCCGCUGUGCGUGCGUGCGUGUGUCUCGCUGUGCGUGCGUGCAUGUGUCUCGCUGUGCGUGCGUGUGUCUCGCUGUGCGUGCGUGCGUGUGUCUCGCUGUGCGUGCGUGCGUGUGGCUCGCUGUGCGUGCGUGCGUGUGUCUCGCUCUCUCCUUGCCUCUCUACCUCUCGCCUCCCCACCCCUUCCGUUCUUCGCCUCUCUCCCCCGCUCUCUCUGCGCCCCCUCCCCUGCCUUACAGCCCUGUCUUCCAGACCCUCGUGUACCUGGCACUCUCUUACGUUUUUCUGCUCUGCUUCAGCUUUGUGAAGGGCGACGUGUUCAUCGUGCACAACACCCUGGAGGACGGCUGGCUCUGGGUGACGAACCUGCGCACCAGCGAGCACGGAGUCAUCGUGGAGGACCUGGUGGAGGAAGUGGCCAGCAAGGAGGAUCCUCAUGAAGGAAAGCCGUGGUUCCAUGGCAAGAUCACGAAGCAGGAAGCGUACACCCUCCUCAUGUCCGUGGGCAAGGUGUGCAGCUUCCUGGUACGCCCGUCGGACAGCACGCCGGGUGACUACUCGCUCUACUUCCGCACGCCCGACAACAUCCAGCGCUUCAAGAUCCAGCGGUCCACCAGCACGCAGUUCAGCAUGGGCGGCCGCUACUACAACAGCAUCGACGAGAUCAUCAAUCACUACAAGCAGGAGCAGAUUGUGGAGGGACACAACCUCAAGGAGCCCGUGCCCGUCCAGGACAACAAGUUGUACUGCAACAUGGUCGAUGGCAAGGACAUCUACCGCACGAUCCGCGAGCGACAGAGAGACACGAUGCUGCUCAAGAACGUGGUGAAGAAGGGCUACCUCCUCAAGAAAGGCAAGAGCAAGCGCUGGAAGAGCCUCUACUUCGUGCUGGGCGGGAACGACGCACAGCUCUUCUUCUUCGAGAGCGAGAAGCGUGCCACCAAACCCAAGGGCCUCAUCGACCUCAGCAUUUGCUCCAUCUACGCCGUGCACGAGAGCUUCUUUGGACGGCCCCACUGCUUCCAGAUCGUGGUGCAGGACUUCAGCGAGGAGAACGACAUCUUCUACUUUGCCGCCGAGACCCAGGAGUCGGCGCAGGAGUGGAUGAAGGCCAUCCAGCAGUCCUGCGCCAAGUUCCGCCGUCUUACGCAGGGCUCCACCAACAAGCACCUGCGCCAGGUGCGCAGCCUCACGCUGUACGUGGAGGAGGCGCACAAGCUCCCGGCGAAGCACCUGACGCACCCGUACUGCACCAUCCUGCUCAACAACGUGCAGGUGGCGCGCACGCCCGCCAAGGAGGGGCAGAACCCCGUGUGGGCCGAAGAGUUUGUCUUUGAUGACCUUCCCCCGGACAUUGAUGUGUUUGAGAUCAUCCUCAGCAACCGGACCAAGAAGUACAAGGAUCCUGACAUCUUGUUCAUGUGCUGCCCGCUGAAGCGGCUGCAGAACGGUCACCUGACGGACGAGUGGUUCCAGCUGACGUCGCACGUGCCGCUGCGCGGCGUCGAGCCCGGCUCGCUGCGCGUCAAGGCGCGCUACUCGCUCGAGGUCAUCAUGCCCGAGGACGAGUAUGCCGACUUCCGCGAGCUUCUGCAGCAGCCACGCGAGUACCACGUGGUGCAGGCGCUGUCGCACGUGUGCGGCCAGGACCGCUCGCUGCUCGCCAGCACGCUCCUGCGCGUCUUCCGGCACGAGCGGCAGGAGGUGGCGCUACUGCGCACCUUCAACGACCGCGAGAUCAGCAUGGAAGAGGAGGCGGCGACGCUAUUCCGCGCCACCACGCUGGCCAGCACGCUCAUGGAGCAGUACAUGAAGAGCACGGCCUGGCCCUUCAUCCAGCACGCGCUGCGCGACACCGUGCUGCGUGUGCUCGAGAGCCGCCAGUCCUGCGAGCUGAACCCGAGCAAACUGGAGAAGGGAGAGGACGUGAACGCGAAUCUGGGCCACCUACUCGCCCUCCUCUCUGAGCUUAUCGAGAAAAUCUUCCUGUCCACGGACGACUUCCCCAUCUAUGGAAGGAAACCGGAGAACCCGGACGAAACCCCCCAUGCAGAACAGGGGGAGAACAUACAAACUCUGCACAGUGGGGCGCUCCAGUCGGGAAUCGAACCCAAGCCCUCCUUGCUGACGCUAAGGUUCCUCUUCGGCUGCCUGCAGAAGUCCGUACAGGAGAAGUGGCCGGCGAACGAAACCAUGCGCACGCGCGUCGUCAGCGGUUUUGUGUUCCUGAGACUCAUCUGCCCGGCGAUCCUCACACCCAAAGCUUUCGGCAUCAUCUCCGACCCCCCAUCUCCUACAGCCGUCCGCACCCUCCUCCUCGCCGCCAAGUCCCUUCAGAACCUCGCCAACCUCGUCGAGUUUGGAGCCAAGGAGGCGUACAUGGAGGGCGUUAACCCGUUCAUCAAGCACAACCGCCAACGGAUGGUCACCUUCCUGGACAAACUCGCGAAUGUGCAGGAGUUGUGCGAUUCCCCGGAGCACUUCAAGACGGACGUGUCGCGCGACCUCGCGGCGCUGCACAAUGUCUGCGUGUGCCACCUGGACGAGCUGCGUACGCUGAGCAACGAGCGCGGGGUGCAGCAGCACGCAUUGAAGAAGCUGCUGGCCAUCACGGAGAUGCUGCAGCAGAAGCAGAAUCAUUAUUUGUCCAUGGGCGGGCAGGUCAGGUAGCCUCCGGUGGUGUCCUCCUGCACAACCAGCUCAGCCUCAGCAGCCCCAGCCCAUCCAUCGCCUUCGCUCUAAUUUAUUUUACUCCACCUCGGUUUUAACGCGUCGUCGUUUAUACGUAUAUUUUUUUCUCCAUCCCCCCCCCCCCAUUCGCAUACUCGACAGCGCAACGACCGAGGUCUCCUCCUGCCAAUCACAGCCUGCAACGUGUAAUUUAUAGCUCAAACAUACUCGUCUCUCUCUCUGACGGUUUUUUUUUACGUCGAUUUAUAAAUAUGUGUAUACUUCGUAAAAUUUUUGUAUCAUGUUUAUUAUUAUUCCCGUCGACGUCUCUGCUCCGCAAUCGUUUUCUCCGCUCGUUUUUUUCCUUCAUUCGGCCGAUCGUCGGCGGCCGAGCCCGGCGGGUUUUCCCCCCCCGUGCCCUGGCGUCACACUCGUCCAAUCGCAAGCCGACGUCCGGGCCACUUGACCCCACUUUUGUCCAAUGGUGCGGCCCAAUCCGGCAGCCGCGCUCUCUCUCUGUCUCUCUGAUUCCUGCGGAAUCGUAAAUUCUGCCGCGGAGGAUGGACUAAGAGCGUGCACACGUGUUGCGUGUCACCUCCUGCCUCCCGCUGGCUCGUGGUUCAUUGAGUUAAUUGCUGCGGAUUUUGUUUGGGUUGGCACUUGCACCCCUCCCCCCCACCCGACUGCGUGUUUUUAUUUGCGAACGGUGGCGGCGACUUUGACGAUGUUCUGAAGAGCGAGGAAUAAUUAUAAUCGAUGCAUUAAUGAGAUAUGAUGGGGUGGGUACCAGGUGUGGGGGAGGUGGGGAGAAGGGGUGGGUGUAGGGGAGGGGUAGAUGGGGUUAAUGGGAUAAUUAGUAGGGGUCAUCACCGGUUAGGUAAGGGGGGGUGGGGUUUGAAUAAAUAAAUUAGUGAUCAGCUAACACUAUGCAAAAUCACGUGUGGAAAACACACGCAAGCAACAGCCACCAUCGCACGGACGAACGGAUGGAUCACCGGAGGGACAUACAGAUUACCAGACAUCACCGGACGGAUUACCAUACAGACGGACAGAUGAUCACCGAACGGACCGACAGAAUGCUGGGCAUGCAGGGCGCAUGGUCGCGGAGCCGCCUCGCCGGCCACAAGUGUCGCCGGCUACACGCCUAGCGAGUGAGUGGCUCAACAGCCGACCCAACUGCCACUGGCUGCUCAAUCUGACGAACCGCUCGGGCGGUUUUACCCGGCGGUUCGCCAACCUUUUCUGGACACGCGGACCGCAGCCAACCAAUCAUGCUGUGAAAUGCCAUGAAAACUAUUAACUUGCUUUUUGUUGAGCGUUCUAAAUAGUCGUGCCAUGGGCAGUCGAACACACGGUGCUUUUUGUGAAGGGGAAUCGGAGUUUAAAUCCCCAGUGGUUUGCACGACGCCGGUUGACUGCUGGCCAUGAAAUCUGGUCGCGUGUUCGUUGCGCAACAGCCACGGGCCGUCGAGUCGGGGCGGCGUGGCGAGUUUUAAAAGAGAGAUUUUUAUUCUUUUGGGUCUUUCUUUUCUCGGGGCGGGGGCCGGUGAUUCCGCGCAGCACGUCCAGGGCGGCCGGCCGGCAACUCGUGACCUGCGUGGCAAGGUGCCAAAGCCACCACCGGGUUGAGCCGAGCCGAACGAGCGAGUCUCCGGGCUCCCGUGUGCCGGGCACACUCACACACACUCUCACUAAUGAAGACAUCACAACAAAAACAGGGUUUCUAAAUGCCGGUGCGGUCGUCAUUUAGGCUGCGAUUUCUUAAUUCCGAUGUUCUCUAAUAAAUGUCGAUAAGCACAAGGCUGCAUGGUAAUAGUUCCGCACGCUCUCUCUUGUGUUGGAGCAACUGGGGGGGGGCAGAUUGUCUGGCGAGCCUGCAGCCCCCGGGACAUGCGCGUGCUGACUUGUCCCCCCUCCACCCUGUGGGAGUUCUGAGGAGUCGUGAGCGCAGCGUUUUGCUGUCGUGCACAGGGAAGGCAAAAGAAGCCGACAAAUGGUUAACAAAAAAAACAUUGACGAUCGUUGGCUUCCCAGCAAGCGCGUGCUUGAUCUCUGGUGCGUUGUCUCAAAGGAAACGUUCAUCCGUACGCAUCCCGAGAUACCGGACCCGGUGUCCCGCGCCGGGGGUGCGGUGGCGUUGGGUGUCUUUCUGGAUUCCUGUCCGCGCCGGCGUCUGCUCUGCUCCCCGUUCCGCGAUGUCCUCCCUCGUCGCGCCCCAAAGUUCAACCACCCACCGCCGUUGCGGUCGCGUCGCCUCUUCCUUGUCGCCCGCGCCUCUCGAAAUACAGUUUUCCACUACGUGCACUUAACUAUACAAACAAAAAAAACUUUCAAAAAUUGCAAAAGCAAACAAAAAAAUGUAACCGUUGCCACCACCACCACCGCGCACCCUCGUUGCUGUCUCCUUACUCCAAAAGCGCGACGUCGCGUCUCGCCGGUGCCAUCUGUAAUGCGCCCGUUGCUCCCAAUGCUCGCGUUAUUUCCCGUGUCACGUUCCUGCCGUCACCACCGGCUUCACAGUUUUCUUCGAUGAUGAUGUUACCGUCGUUUAAUACUUAAGAGCCGUGACGAACGGGCGGCAGAAUCGGCCGAAAGUUGUAGUUUAAAACUGACGACGUUUUUCUUUUUGUACACGACAUGUAUCAAAUGAAUAAAUGCUGUUUGUUGUUGGAAUAAACAAUGCCAAAUAUGUACAU